AUCAAAUUGAAGUUGCUCAAGAAAAGCGAAAUGGCAGCUAAUGGGGUGGUUAGAAACGGCUGGAGCGGUCAUGAUGCACAACCUAAUGGAACUCCACCUCGACGACAAGCACAAUGGUCAGAGUUGCGACCGAAGAAGAGUCCGCUAUCGAAAUUAGUCCAGUUCGAAUCGAAGGACUUCGCUCAUGCAAACGGUACGAAGCAUGAAUCCACUCAAGUCAAUGGCCGACACCACGCCACCAUCACGUCUGAGUCUCAGCCUAUUCCUGCUCGUAGAAAGAAGCUCAUCCUCAACGCCUUCGUCGAAAUGUGUUCCGGUCACCAAUCCCCAGGUCUCUGGCGGCAUCCUUUAGAUCAAUCCUCCAAUUUUAAUGAUCUCUCUCAUUGGACUUCUCUAGCCCAGCUUCUCGAACGCGGCCAUUUUCAUGGAAUCUUCAUCGCCGAUGUCCUCGGAGGCUACGAUGUCUAUGGAGGACCUCAGAAUCUUUUACCUGCUAUCCGUUCUGGUGCACAAUGGCCUGUGAAUGAGCCUUUGAGUGUUGUACCAGCUAUGGCGGCAGCUACGAAAAGUAUUGGAUUCGGAGUGACGGUUUCGACGAGUUAUGAACAGCCAUAUCAUUUGGCGAGACGGUUGAGUACGUUGGAUCAUUUGACAAAGGGGAGGGUGGGGUGGAAUGUUGUGACUGGCUACCUCGACUCCGCAGCACGAAACCUCACAAACGGAGGCUCCCAGCCCGAACACGACGAGCGCUAUGCAAUCUGCGAAGAAUACAUGGACGUCGUCUACAAACUCUGGAACUCCUCCUGGCGCUCCGACAGCGUCAAACUCGAUCGCACAUCAGGAGUCUAUACCGACCCUUCCUUGGUCCGAGAAAUCAACCACAAAGGGAAAUACUUCGACGUGCCAGGUCCACAUUUCUGUCAGCCCUCGCCACAACGCACACCCGUCAUUUUACAAGCGGGAACGAGCCGCGCAGGGAAGAACUUCGCGGCCAAGAAUGCAGAAGUCAUAUUCGUCAGCGCACACGCACCUAGUAGUGUGGCGAAGUCGAUAGCCGAUAUUCGAGGUCAAGCUGAGAAGCUAGGGAGGGAUCCUAGUAAGAUCAAGUUUUUGGCCAAAUUUUGUCCUGUUCUAGGACGGACGCAUGCUGAAGCUGAAGCGAAGUAUCGGGAUUACUUGCAGUAUGGUUCGUAUGAAGGGGCUCUGGCUUUGUUUGGCGGGUGGACAGGUGUCGAUAUGGCGCCGUAUGGGGACGAUGAGGAGCUGCGAUAUGUAGAAAGCAAUGCUAUUCGAAGUUAUAUUGAGGGGCUGUUGAAGAGUGCGCCAGAUGUGAAUGGUGGCAAAUGGACUAAGAAGACGCUUGCGGAGCAUAUCAUGGUUGGGGGAUUGGGCGCCACUUCCGUGGGAACACCGCAAGAGGUUGCUGAUGAGAUGGAGCGCUGGGUCAAAGAAGGAGACGUCGAUGGCUUCAACAUCGUAAGUUGUGCUUAUGCAAAGACUGGAUGCAUACUGAUCCUACGUCCAGGCAUAUGCGCUGAUGCCGCAGACAUUCGAGGACGUGAUCGAGCUGUUGGUUCCUGAAUUGCGGAAGCGAGGUUUGUUCUGGGACGGUUAUCAUGUUGCUGGAGGGACGUAUCGCGAGAAUCUGUACGAAGCUUCUGGGCAGCACGAGCCUUUCGAAGACCAUCCUGCUGCAAAAAUGAUUUGGAGGCCAUCCUCCAAGACAGUUGGCUUUGCAGAAAGCGGCGUCAAUGGAGUCAACUACCAUAGCGCCAGUGAGGUCGAGGACUCGACCGACGAGAUAUUACUAGAUCCAAC